AUGCAAUUAGUAUUAGCAGCUAAAUAUAUUGGUGCAGGUAUUUCAACAAUUGGUUUAUUAGGAGCAGGUAUUGGUAUUGCUAUUGUAUUUGCAGCUUUAAUUCAAGGUGUAUCAAGAAAUCCAUCAAUGAAAGAUACUUUAUUCCAAUUUGCUAUUUUAGGUUUCGCUAUUAGUGAAGCUACAGGUUUAUUCUGUUUAAUGAUUUCUUUCUUAUUAUUAUAUGGUGUUUAA